UUUGAGCCCAACUUAGGUCCCUGUGUCCACGGUGAAGAAAAAGUAGUUGGAAUCUUCCCAGGCUAAAUGGAAUAAAAUAGUAGAUUUAUCCUUGUAGAUGAUACAACCCAAUUCCCAUUCCCUCGAGAACAUCUGGAGUGAGUCGUAUUGGAUACAGCCAGCAAGUCUUCCUUCAACAUUUUGAGAGCAGAUCGCAGAUCAGGUUGUGAAGGUGAAAAUGAGUUCUUCAGUAAGAAGAAAAGGCAAGCCAGGCAAAGGAGGUGGAAAAGGGUCUUCUAGAGGAGGAAGAGGCGGCAGAAGUCACACUAGUAAAUCUCAUGGGGGUGGCAGCAGUGGCGGUGGCAGUGCUGGCAAUAGAAAGGCCUCAAGUAGAAUUUGGGAUGAAGGUGAUGACUUUUGUAUCUUCACUGAAUCAAGGCGCUCAUCCAGACCUAGCAACAGUAGCACAAGAAAAGGAGAGGCACGCCCCAAAUGGAAGCCUGAAGCCAAAGUGCCACUUCAGACCCUGCAUAUGACUUCUGAGAAUCAAGAGAAAGUGAAAGCUCUUCUCCGGGACUUGCAGGAACAAGAUGCAGAUGCUGGAUCUGAAAGAAGCAUUUCUGGGGAGGAGGAAGAUGAUGAGCCUGAUUGUGAUGAUGAACAGUACUGGUCUGCUGGACGAGAAGCUUCCCUUGUUCCAGACUGUGAGCCAUUGGAAUAUGCUGGCUCAGGCCCAGUGGAGCCUCAUAAUCCAGAAUUUACAGUCUCAACAUUUGCAGUGCAGAAACUUUCCAGGUAUGGUUUCAACACUGAACGCUGUCAGGCAGCCCUGAGGAUUUGUGAUGGAGAUGUGGGGGCAUCACUAGAACAUCUGCUCACACAAUGUUUUUCAGAGACAUUUGGGGAGAAAAUGAAGAUCUCUGAGGCAGUUGCCCAUGUAAGCGUGGAAGAGUGUGUAGAACAGCGGCAGGAAGAGGCAUUUGCUCUCAAGUCAAUCUGUGGAGAAAAAUUUAUAGAAAGAAUUCAGAACCGAGUCUGGACCAUUGGAUUAGAACUGGAGUAUUUGACGAGUAAAUUCUGCAAAUCCAAGCAAAAGGAAAGUACCAAAAAUAUACAGGAGACUACUCUUGAAAUCUGUAAAUUUUACCUCAAAGGAAAUUGUAAAUUUGGAUCAAGAUGCAAAUUCAAACAUGAAGUGCCCCCAAAUCAAAUUGUCGGAAGAGCAGAAAGAAUUGUAGAUGAUUCUCAUCUUAAUGCUCAUGAAGAUGCCUCUUUUUUAUAUGAACUUGAAAUCCGAUUUUCUAAAGACCACAAAUACCCUUACCAAGCUCCCCUUGUGGCAUUUUAUUCUACCAAUGAGAAUCUACCUCUGGCUUGUCGUUUACAUAUUUCUGAGUUCCUUUACGGCAAGGCCUUGACAUUUGCAGAAACUUCAGAACCUGUUGUAUAUUCUUUGAUAACCCUUUUAGAGGAAGAAUCAGAAAUAGUCAAUUUACUAACAAAUACCCAUCACAAGUACAGUGUCCCUCCUGUGAACUUUAUGCCAGUAUCCUCUGGAACCAGAAUAAACAAUCCUAUCUGUCGUAAACCAGUGAUUCCAAAUAAUUCUUUUACAUCAAGUCAAAUUGCUGAAGUUGAAAAAGAAUCAGAACCUGAGGAGGAGACAGAUGAGGAUGAAGGUCCUGCACCAGUUAUAGUGGAGAAUGAAAGCUAUGUGAACCUUAAGAAAAAGAUUUCCAAAAGAUAUGACUGGCAGGCAAAAUCAGUAUAUGCUGAAAAUGCUAAAAUCUGCAAGCAGUUCCGAAUAAAACAGGCUUCCAGACAGUUCCAGUCAAUUCUGCAAGAAAGACAAUCACUCCCUGCGUGGGAAGAAAGAGAAACCAUUCUUAAAUUGUUGAGUGAGCACCAAGUGCUUGUUAUAAGUGGUAUGACUGGAUGUGGGAAAACCACACAGAUUCCUCAGUUUAUUCUGGAUGAUUCUCUGAGCGGACCACCUGAGAAGGUGGCUAACAUCAUCUGUACCCAGCCCCGACGAAUCUCAGCAAUAUCUGUUGCUGAACGUGUUGCUAAAGAAAGGACAGAAAGAGUGGGUCUGACUGUGGGGUACCAGAUCCGGCUGGAAAGUGUCAAGUCCUCAGCCACCAGACUGUUGUACUGCACCACAGGCGUGCUGCUGCGAAGGCUGGAAGGAGAUACAUCUCUCCAAGGAGUCACCCAUAUCAUUGUUGAUGAAGUUCAUGAGAGGACAGAAGAAAGUGACUUCUUGCUACUAGUUUUGAAGGACAUUGUGUUGCAGAGACCAAAUCUUCAAGUUAUUCUAAUGAGCGCAACUUUAAAUGCUGAACUCUUUUCAGAAUAUUUCAGUUCCUGCCCAGUUAUUACUAUACCAGGUCGUACAUUUCCUGUUGAUCAAUUUUUUCUGGAAGAUGCAAUUGCUGUGACAAGGUAUGUGUUACAAGACGGAAGCCCAUAUAUGCGCUCCAUGAAGCAGAUGACAAAGGAGAAGCUAAAAGCAAGGCGCAGCAGAACCGCAUUUGAAGAAGUAGAAGAAGACCUGAGGCUCUCUCUUCACCUCCAGCACCAGGACUCUGUCAAAGAUGCAGUGCCAGAUCAACAGUUAGAUUUUAAGCAGCUCCUGGCCCGCUAUAAAGGAGUUAGCAAAUCAGUCAUCAAAACAAUGUCCAUCAUGGAUUUUGAAAAGGUUAAUCUCGAAUUAAUAGAGGCCUUGUUAGAGUGGAUUGUAGAUGGAAAGCACUCCUACCCUCCAGGUGCUAUACUCGUAUUUUUACCGGGACUAGCAGAAAUCAAAAUGCUAUAUGAACAGCUACAAUCUAAUUCUCUUUUCAACAACAGACGCAGUCAUCGAUGUGUGGUUCACCCACUUCAUUCAUCUUUAUCCAGUGAAGAGCAGCAGGCUGUGUUUGUAAAACCCCCUGUGGGUGUUACUAAGAUUAUAAUUUCCACCAACAUUGCUGAGACAUCCAUAACCAUCGACGAUGUUGUCUAUGUCAUCGAUUCUGGGAAAAUGAAAGAAAAGAGAUAUGAUGCCAGCAAAGGGAUGGAGAGCCUAGAGGAUACUUUUGUCUCUCAAGCCAAUGCUCUGCAAAGAAAAGGUCGAGCAGGCCGUGUUGCCUCUGGGGUCUGCUUCCACUUAUUCACCAGUCAUCACUUCAAUCACCAGCUUUUAAAGCAGCAGCUACCAGAAAUACAAAGAGUGCCAUUAGAACAGCUGUGUCUGAGAAUUAAAAUUUUAGAGAUGUUUAGCACUCACAAUCUCCAGUCUGUGUUUUCUCGGCUCAUUGAGCCGCCGCACACUGACUCUCUCCGCGCCUCAAAAAUACGAUUACGAGACUUAGGAGCAUUAACUCCAGAUGAAAAGCUGACCCCCCUAGGGUAUCACUUGGCCUCUCUGCCCGUGGAUGUGAGAAUCGGCAAACUGAUGCUGUUUGGGUCUAUCUUCCGCUGUCUGGAUCCUGCCCUCACCAUUGCUGCCAGUUUGGCUUUUAAGUCUCCUUUUGUGUCUCCCUGGGAUAAAAAAGAGGAAGCUAACCAGAAAAAGCUAGAAUUUGCAUUUGCAAACAGUGACUAUCUGGCCCUUCUACGAGCAUAUAAGGGGUGGCAGCUAAGUAUGAAAGAAGGAAUGCGUGCAAGUUACAAUUACUGCAGACAAAACUUCUUGUCUGGAAGAGUUCUUCAGGAGAUGGCCAGCCUCAAACGACAAUUCACUGAACUGUUAUCAGAUAUAGGCUUUGUAAAGGAAGGACUCAGAGCAAGGGAAAUCGAGAAGAGGGCCCAAGGAGGAGAUGGUAUCUUGGACGCCACAGGAGAAGAGGCAAACUCAAAUGCUGAGAAUCCCAAGCUGAUAUCAGCAAUGCUGUGUGCUGCUCUUUAUCCAAAUGUGGUGCAGGUGAAAAGCCCAGAAGGGAAAUUUCAGAAGACCAGUACUGGAGCAGUCAGAAUGCAACCAAAAUCAGAUGAGUUGAAGUUUGUCACCAAGAAUGAUGGAUAUGUGCACAUUCACCCUUCCUCAGUGAACUACCAGGUCAGACACUUUGACAGCCCCUACCUGGUGUACCAUGAAAAGAUCAAAACCAGUCGGGUGUUCAUCCGAGACUGCAGUAUGGUGUCCGUGUACCCGCUGGUCUUGUUUGGAGGAGGCCAAGUGAGUGUGCAGCUUCAGAGAGGGGAGUUUGUUGUGUCCUUGGAUGAUGGUUGGAUCCGUUUUGCAGCUGCUUCCCAUCAGGUGGCUGAAUUAGUAAAGGAACUGCGUUGCGAACUUGACCAGCUCCUCCAGGAUAAGAUUAAAAACCCAAGCAUAGAUCUGUGUACAUGUCCGCGAGGAUCUCGGAUCAUCAGCACAAUUGUGAAACUUGUCACCACACAAUAAAGACCAGUCUUAGGAGAGUGCUUGCUACUCCCCUGCUUCUUGCUUACUUGGGAAAUAACAGCAGCACCUCUACCUCCAACCAAGCUCUGUGCUGGGGCUGCCCUGGAGGGGCCCAGGCACUGCCCACUAAGCUGAGACACCACGUUCCCUUAGAGGAGUUUCCCAGACAGUGUUGUUAACAGCUCAGGGGCACUCCCAGCACAAUUUGGAGUGUCAGUGUGAGGCAGUCUCAAAACCAGCUUGCUGUCUUUUUCUCUGUGACUAUUCUGGGAUAAAUGAAAUUCCUCUCCUAAUACAAAAGUGAAUGUUUAAUACAAUUCUGUUUUAAUGUACGUAUUUGUUUUCUCUUGCUUUUUCCUGGGGCAAGAUAGGAGCAUGGGGAGAAAUACUGAAUGUUUUAUCUAUCAUAAAGGCUCAUCUGAAAGAAGUUAGAACAGAGGACAAAAAAAAAUCAUGUGAACAAGAAAAAUUGAGAUUUCAUUUUAAGGCUAUGGGCUACAAAGUAAACUUAAACCUAAUUUCUGAGGGAUUUUUAUUUUUACUCAUUAAAAGUCGGCCUAAAAAAAACAACCUUGAAGAGCUCUUGUUAUUAAAUGCAAGCUGGUUUUAAUACUUACCAUUCUUGUUCAGAAAAGCAGAACAAUCCAGGUGUCUUUGUUCUGUUUUCAGUUUUCCAAUUAGGAAUCUUUGCUCUCUCUUAGGAACAUGCUCAGAUCUAACGGCCACAUUUCACGAUACCCAAAGGGGAAUUUUGAUGGUAUUCUCAGCCAACUUGGCAUAGUCGAAGUAGAAAAGGUUGCCACACUAGUGUCAGAUUUACAGCCAUAAAAAUAUCUUCCAUGAGACUGCUUAUUUUCAGCUGCCACUUAGGUGAAUGGGGAGCUAGCAUUUUGGAAAACUAUUAAUACAUUUACAUUUUCUCUGGACAUUUAUCAGUGUGGCUGGAAGAAUCCCGAAGAGCUGAAUAGAAAAAAUAUUCUUGUGUUUGGCGCCCAGGUAGAGUCACUACAGAUUUCAUAUUAUGGAUAGAAUCCAAAUUAGUCAGCAAACCCAAUUCAGUGAAGGCUGUUCCCUUUUCAACAUAUUACUUCAAAUGGUUAAGUUUUCAGAAAACCUCUCAGACUGUCCCAAAUGGCUAGUGUCAAGUGUGUUGAAGCUUUGGCAUGCUUGAAAUGUUUAGACUCUAAGUAGUAUUUUUAAAAGGCAUUAACUCAUGUCCUCACUUUAAGUAAAAAAACACGGAUAUGCAUAGCACCCGCAGUAUUCAAGUUCUAACUUGCUAUUGAAACAAGGCUCAUGUUACAGAACCGCUCAGGAGAAAUGAAGGAGAAAACCGCACUAACCCUCUAAAACAUUUCUUAAACCAGUUUUGACUCUUGGUGCUAUAGUGGAGCUCGUGCUGGCUGCCCUAGCUGGAGCCAUCUGCCCAAGUGGACCUGCAGCUUCAACACAAGUUUGCAGCAAAGCGUACAGCGGGGCGAUAAACAACAGAACUUUCCAUUAAAAGUGCUUCGAAAUCGUUCCCCUCGAGGAAGUUAUUCUUGGGCUGGUUACUUGCAGCCACAUACAAAUGCACAAGUCAUUUCACAGAUGUGCCAGAAAGAUUGGAAAAGAUUGGGAAGCCUUGAUUGAAGACACUGAAUAAGAAAAUCCUCCCCCACCCCCAAAACUGAACUUCGUAAGCCCCCUCAUUAAAAUUAUGAAAUAAGUGAAACGGGAUUACUUCUUCGCAAUUGAAGAUCAGAAUGCAGUAUAGCAUUUCAAGGUGAAACCGGAUGUCUAAACCCCAGAAAGAUGGUAAGCACUUCAUGUUAAUUGUAUGAAGAAUUCUGUAAAUGUUUCUUACCUAUUUGUUUUACCUUUACUGGAAUCUAGCUAGGAAACAAUAUUGGUAAAGUACUUGCUACAAAAUUA